UUGACGCAGCGACAGUUCCGGCAGUUCGGUGGAGUCCCGCAGAUGCAGGGAUCCAUCAACAAUGGCUAUCUGCCGCCUCGGCCCACGUCUGGCCCUGGAACAUGUCAGCAGUCAACCGCGUUUGUCACGUCCACCCAGUAUUCCAACCAAGUGGUGACCAUCACCAUAAACAGCAACGGAGGUGGUCAGAUCAUCACACAAACAGUUUUCAGUACACAAUUCAUACCAACAACAUUCUUCUCCAAACUUAUGUCAACAAUCAUUGUCAACAUGUCCUCAACGACAGUCAUUCCACAACAAGUUGUAAGCACUAUUUUUAAUUCACAGUUUGUUGCCAGAACUAUGAUUAUACCUGGUCGAACACGAACUGUCGUCAGCACAUUGUUCAGUACUAUUUUCUCCACUGUUAGCAUUCAUGGACAGACCAUUUUUCAAACACAAACUGUCUUCAGCAGAAACUUCAUUCCUCAAACGAUUACGCUUCGCUUUACUCAGGUUGUCAUACCAACUUUCGUGACGGUAAGCGGAGGGAACGGAGUUGUCACUGUAACUCGGACUGUCGUUUCAUCUCAAGUGAUCCCAGGCAGUGGACAGACCGAGUUUAUUACAAGGACCGACUUUUCGACUUCUUUCGUCACCUCCACAGUAUUCAACACCAAUGUGCAGACUACAGUGAUCACCAUCACCCAGCCCUGUAGUGGCGGGGGCACCAAUACUGGUGGAUACAACUACACUCCUCCUAGCGUACCGUUCAACCCCUUCAAUUGA